CGAAAUGGUCCCCGUAACAAGGGCACCGCUAUCUCGAGACGACGUUGUUGCUGGUGGGCAUUUCUACUCGUGGGACCUACUAGGGGGUACGGCCAUGAUCUUGCCAGUACUUCCAAAGCCCUCACAACAGUCAAUCCGGAGAAACUGGCUCCCAGGAAAGUUGUCACAAAACCUAAUCGCUGUCGCUUAUGUCGUUGAUCACAAGACAGUCUAUAUUAACCUUGGGGCCCUGGAUGGUGAUGGUAUUCACCCUCAGGCUGCUGGAGAGAGACUGUUUCUGUCGGACUACUCGGAAAACCGCUUUGAAACGACAAUGGCAAGGCUCAAAUGUUUUGGGAGGCAUAUCGCUUUGUCGCGUUGCUCGGACAAUGAAGAUCGGACUUCGUUGGACCAGGUGUGGCAGCUGCAGAUUUGGGACUGGAAAUACUCGACAACAUCCGGUAGCAUCCUCAGGGGUGCAGUACCCAACGGAUCCCCUGCCCCAGUUGAAUUUUGUUUCCUCGGGAACAAUCGAUUGCUGGUUGUAACCGAUAACUUGAAUCUCUAUUCAAUUGAGGACAUGUCUCAGACGCCGGAAUUGCUGGCGUGUUUCCUGAUGCCCGGCCCAUUGCUGCUACGGUGCCUUCCUAUGAUAGAUGAUAUUGGGUAUGACUCACAGCUGCACAUGCAAGCCCAAACGACGAUGUACACCUCAGACCCUACACAUCGACUCAUAUGCCUUACUGCGCCUUCUGCUCGAGAUAAUACUCAAGUCUUCAUCAUUUCGACGAGGAUUUUCUUCGACCUCAACGAAAUGGCAGCAGCAAUGCCAAUACCAUGGCAACAUUGGGGCCCCUCAAAUACUCGUAUCCUUUGGCACCCAUUUCAUUUCAAAAUUCAUGUUAACGGAAACCAAGUCUUGCGGACAUUCCCUGUCGGCCCGCGCAACUCGCAGUUUACAUUACAACUAUUGGACUUUAGCCCGCUAGCUGUGAUAAACAGGCGGGGUCUAGGACGAGUGGUGAAAGAGCCGUCCAUGACAUACAUCAGUAGCUUGACAACAUCCCUGCCUUACGUCCAAGUCGUAUUUUCGAACAGAAAGUUCGAUUGUUCACCGUUGAGGGACUUGUGGAUCGACAAGGAUAGGAUUUAUAUGCUCUCCAGAUCACUGACCUUUAUUGACAGACUCGGGGUCAUUGACAUCCAGUCUGACUUACAGAGCGGUGUGGUAUCAACUAGUUGAUGAUUAGCUAGGUAAUUAUGGAGAUCAUUGGUCGAGGAUACCAUCUUCAUUCGACCAAGGCCUAACAAUCUGACUAUGGUAGACUAUGUUUCAAGCAUGUAUUGCUAUACAGUAUAACUCUCGAGGACAGUCCCGCAUACGUCCAGACUACCACUUAUAAUUGAUGUUUCCCUGUCGAUGCCAAAUUCAUUCGCCAUCUGGUCGUGGAACUAUUUCCUUGGUCCGAC